AUGGACAACAUAUCGGAUAUCAAACAGGUAGUGGUGGAACAUUUUGAGAGCCUUUUCAAGGCGUACCUGUGUGAGAUUAACAGUGGGCUAUUGGAUGUGAUCCCCUCGCUGGUUUCUCCAGGAGAGAAUGAGGCUCUCAUGGCCCCGUCUUCUAUGCAAGAAGUCCACCAGGCGGUGAUGUCUAUCCCAGCUGAAGGAGCAGAUGGCCUUGAUGGAUUUUCUGAGAGCUUCUUCAUGGCUUUUUGGGACAUUGUGGGUCUGAACUUGGUCAAAGGGAUCCGGUUUCUUUUCCUUAGGGGCCCUCUUCCAAGGGUUGUCUCAGCCUCGCUUAUACGUCUCGUUCCAAAGAUUGUGGGUCCAAAGAGAUUUUCGGAUUUCUGCCCAAUUAGCAUAUAUAACUGCUUAUAUAAGAUUUUCUCCAAGCGGUUUGGGUUUGAUGUUCGGUGGAUAUCUCUAGUGGAGAAAUGUUGGGCUAAUAACUGGUUCUCGGUGCUUAUCAAUGGCGAGAGUGUGGGUUUCUUCAAGUCCUAUCAUGGUCUAAGGCAGGGUGACCCGCUUUCUCCCAGCCUCUUCAUUAUUGCUGUAGAAGUGCUGAGUAGAGCCUGUAAAAGUCUCUCUAAUCAUGUCAGUAUCCAGGCAUGUAAAGUCAAAGAUGGCUACCCGUCGGUCUCCCACCUGCUAUAUCGGAUGACACGCUUUUGUUAG